AUGAACAGAGGCGCGGGCCUCGCCCGGAGUGGGCUGGGUGGCCAUCUCUUCAACAACGCAGCGCGGCGCCAGCAGCCGCGCGGGCAGCGAGGGCAGCAGCGCUCCGCUCGCGCCGCCACCGGCGGCGGCAGCAGCAGCAGCGGCGGACCUCGUGCGCCGCCUGCAUCCCAAGCCAGCACCGCCGCGGGCAGCGGCGGUGGCAGCAGGUUUGGCUGGGCCAAGUGGGCGCUGCUGCCGUCAGCUGCGGCGGCGUUGCUGGGCGGCGUGUCGCACGCGCUGGCCACCACGCAGCAGGCUGAGCUGGAGGCGGGGCACGCCCGCGCCGAGCGCAGCCUCAAGGCGGCGGAGCACUGGAUCGCAGACAUAGCGCAGCAGCCGGGGGUGGUCAAGGCGUUUGAUGCGGCCAUGCUAAUGGAGGCAGACCACGCCAUCCUGGAGGACGACCACAUGUUCAGCGCGUUUGUGUCCAAGGGCAUCGUGGACGACCUCACGGGCUACUACAGCCCCCAGCAGCGUAAGUUCUACGCCAUCGUCAGCCUGGGGAGAGAGGUCUGCGGCUUCCCCCGGAUAGUGCACGGUGGACUGACUGCAGCCAUCAUCGAUGAGAGCUUCGGCGGGUUGCUGUUCGCGCUCAAGCAGGCGCGCGCGCUCAACUUCUGGGGUCCCGCCUACACGGUGCAACUGGAGGUGAGCUACAAGGCCAAGAUAUCGGCGGGGCGCACCGUGCUGUGCACGACAGAGGUGGAGAGCAUGGAGGGCAGGAAGCUGUGGAUGAAGGCCACGGUCAGCGACGGGCCGGAGGGCCAGGUGUAUGCCACCGCGCGGGCGCUGUUUGUGGCGCCCAAGCCGCACAAGAUGGUGCAGGAUGUGGGCAAGUACCUGCUGCGGCGCAUGUUUGGGUGCGCUUAG